GGGGCGUGGCUUCACUGAAUAUUCAUGAGUCGCGUGGGAGAGGCAGCAGCAGCGCACUUUGAGAGAGAGGCUGAGCCGCUCGCGAACAGCUGGAUGGAUAACACCGUCUCCACCAACUGCAGCAGGACGAUGUGAAUUAACGGUCAUUUAUCACAAGUUUGUCUCACUAACAGCAGAAAAGCAGCAGUUGGACUCUCUGGGUUCACGUGCAAGGUGGUGGUUGUGUUAAAAUAACGGCUGGUCACCAACAGCAACAGCAGCCGUUAGAAAACCAACCGCUUCAUAUUUGAAUGAGUUGAUUUUAAAGGUAGUUAGUCUAGUUAGCUGCUGAGCUGACAGACAUUCAUCAUGAUGGAGUCAAUCUUAGACAGUUUAACAGCGGAGAAACUCUACCCGACCAACCUGUUGGACCUGGAGGAGCUCAGCGACGGAGAUUUCCUCACUAAUGUGCCUUUCUCAGGUGACCAGAUGGACGACUUCAGCAGCGAAUUAUUCAGCAGUUUCUUCGACGACCAUCUAUUAGAGCGGCCCCUUCUGGCAGACAGACCUUCACCUCUACACAUGGACAUGGAGGACAGCAGCCCAGAUAUUCAAGCAGAGCACAGCUACUCUCUAAGCGAAGACUCCGCCCCCCAGAGCCCGGCCCUGUCAAUCAAAAUGGACCACGAGUCUGAAUUUGAAUGGAGCUUCAGUCAGGACCUGUCGGCCAUACUGGUGAAACAAGAGGAGCCUGACAUGGGUCAAAGGUUAGAUCCUCAGCCUCUGGAAGGCCCGCCUCUCAUAUUAAGCCCUGCCCCCCCACACAGGUCGCCAUGGAGACACACGGAGCCCAGUCCAGACAGUGUGAAGCCAGUCGCCAUAAAAGAUGAACCCAGAGAGGUCGGACAGUACCUCAGCCUGCCCAGCGACGAUGCCCUCCAGCUCCCGCCCACCCCUCCCAGCAGUAACCACGGCGACAGCGACGGCUCCCUCCCUCCCUCCUCCCCGCACCUCCCUUUACCACCGUCUUCCCCUCAACCACAGCAGAGGCCAGGAGGUCGCGCCUCCUCCUCUUCCUCCUCCUCCUCCUCUUCCACGGCCAUCUCUUCUUCACCUCUCCUCACUGCACCACAUAAGCUGCAGGGUUCAGGACCCCUCUUGCUGACAGAAGAAGAGAAGAGGACCUUGGUUGCCGAGGGUUACCCGGUACCUAACAAACUUCCUCUCACCAAGAGUGAGGAGAAGGCACUGAAGAGGGUCCGACGGAAGAUUAAAAAUAAGAUCUCAGCUCAGGAGAGUCGGAGGAAGAAGAAAGAGUAUGUGGAAUGUCUGGAGAAGAAGGUGGAGAGCUACACGUCAGAAAACAGCGACCUGUGGAGAAAAGUAGAAAACCUGGAGACCGCCAACAGGUCUCUCCUACAGCAGCUCCAGAAGCUCCAAUCGUUGGUUUCAGGGAAAGUUGUCGCCCGUUCUUGUAAAAUGGCCUCAACUCAAACAGGGACAUGCCUCAUGAUGGUGGCCGUGUGUUUCGUCCUGGUGUUGGGCUCCUUCUCUCCCUGCCUCUCGCCCCUCUCCUUCCUCACUCACACCUCCUCUCUGCCCUCAUCCUCCUCUUCCUCCUCUCAACCCUCCUCCUCCUCUCCUCCUCUUCCGUCAGCGGACCUCUACACCACCAGUCAGGUCCGCUCCCGCAGCCUGCUCUUCUACAACGAAGGGGCUCCAUUGGAGGAGAGUUCGGUGACAUCAGAAGGGGAGCGGCUACAGGCAGAGGUUCACGUCCAGAUGAGCCGAUACACAGCUGACGCUCACAGCAACAACCAGACGACUGGGCCCGAGUCAGACCGGAGAGAAACAAAACCAGAAGGAGUCUCCGAGUUUGCCUGACACAGCCCGACCCAUGACUUCUAACCUCUGACCCCCUAAAAAAGCCUGAAGAUUCCUGAACUCAGCGGGCUUCAUAUCAACAUCCAACUGGACCAAAAUCUCAGACCACCAUCAUCCCUGUUAGUGAUCCUCAAGACGAGACUUCCUCCCAUCCUGCACGCCACAUGGUGCUUCACCUCUUCGCUCAAACAGACUGUGCUACACCUGAAUAUACUUGAUUUUGAAAGGGACCAUCUUAUUGAAACUUCUACUUUUAUGCAUUAAAAUAUCAUAUAGUUUUAAAUAUCCAACUCAUCUAUUCAUAUUUAGCUCAAACAAUCAUGAAGAAUAGAUAGAGAUACAUCAAAAAAUAGGGCCUUAUUUCAAAAGAAAGGCAGAUAUGAGCCACUUAAACUGUGAUUAGCUGUGUAGCUUUGGGAAAGCAACAUCCUUUUUGCAAGAUUAAGCAAAGGGCUUUAUGGGAAAUGUGGUCUUAAUGUUGAGAGAAACCCAAUGAUUUGCACCUUUUUAAGAACUCAUGAACAUAAAUACACAUAUAUGGAUACUUGACGGACCUCCACUGUGGGAGUUUAUGUUAGCACAUGGUGCUUGUGUUUAACCUCCAAGGUACUCUAGAUUUAGAUUGAACCAAUCACAUACUGUAAGUUGAUAAAGGGCUGCAACUAACGAUUAGAUUGAUUUUUAAAAAUUAGAAGAAGCUGGAACCAGAGAUUUUGUUCUUGGUAACUGACUUAAGUCGUUAAUUGAUUAUCAAAAUUGUUGCUGAUUAAUUUUCUGUCAAUCAACUCAUCAAAUAAUCAGUUUCAGCUCUAUGUUAAUAACAGUAUGUAAUGAACACAAACUCAUCCUUUUUAAAAGGGAAGCCGUGCCAUUUUCAAAGUGCCUUCCACCUACUUAAGUCAAAUGUGACCAACUUGGCCUUACACUUAGAAACCUGGAAACGUAACUCGAACUAGAUUACUCAUCGUUUCCUUUUACGUAAUCAUAAACUGGAUCAAUGUUCAGGAUUUAUCUGGGGGAAAUAUUUUACUUCACAUGCCUGUGGAUGUAAAAGCUUGUCAAAGUAACAUAUAUGUUUUAUUUUUACACUUUUUAAAUCCAUCUCUGAAGUUAAAGUCAGUUUUUCACGUCCAAAUUCUGCAUAUUUUUUGGGGGGGAACCAUAUCUUCAUAUCAAGGGGUCCUGACAGAGGUUGGGAAACAUGACAUAAAAGUAUUUUUAUGGAAUUAAAAAUUGUAUAUGUAAUAUAUUUGCAGCAUCAAAAAAAGAGCAUAUUUAAUUUAUGCAACAAAAAAAAGAAUGUGUUUUUAAGGUUAGUUUAUGUUAUUGUCUUGUUUUUUUCAAAUAAUGUUUACAAAAAACACCAAAAUACAACUUAUAAUAUAUUCUGAGCAUCAAAAAAAGAGCAUAUUUAUUUUAUGCAAGAAAAAAAAAAAGGAAUUGUAUGUUGUGUUUUGCCAUUUAGGAUGAUGAAGUUUUACAUGAUGGUGUGUCGUUUACAUGCUGUUUCAUGGAGUGUAAAACUUUGACAUGUUUGUGUCUUUUAACUGUAAUACAGUGUUUAUGUUUCACUGCUGUCGCAUGGAAACCUACGAGGGUCUUUUAUUUGUUCCCUCAUGAUUUAAUUUGUAUUAAUUAAACUUUAAAAAGCAGAUUUUUACCCUCAAGCUGACGUACCUGGACCUAAAACUUCAUCACAAAUCAACUGCAGAAUUUAAAAUAAUUGACAAUAAUGUAGCAAGCAUAAUAAUGUAGAUGUUUUUCUUCAUAAAUUCAACAUUGAUGCUAAAUAUGCUCAUGCGACAGCAGUGUAUGUUGUAUUUAUUCCUGUUUGUAGAAAGUAUGUAUAUAUUGAUGAAGCCAAUCAGGGGACUAAUACAUUCCAAGAAGUAAAACACCACUAGCUUUGUUAUCGCCACGAUUUGAAGGAACGCCGGGACAUUUCCAAUUACAUUUUUUCACCACUAUUCUGAUAAUGUGAGAAAAAAAACAAUGCCAUGGUAUUCCUUCAAAUUAAAAGCUUUUAAUAACAGACAUUUCACUGUCCCAGUCCAACUCCUAGAGGAAAUAAUUACAAUUCUGGGUUAUGAAAUACUCAGAAAUCCUAUUUUUUGACAUUACAAGUAGCACAGAUUUCCCGUUUUUCUUAUUCAUCUCUGUAUCGAUUUCAUUUUGUGUGUGUGUACACAAAAAAACAUCAUGUGACUGCAGCCCGUUGCACAUCAACAUCCCGUCAUUCUCACCCACAACAGUCUUAAUGCACCGGUGUACAUAAAUAAUGACAACCUAAUGUGCAGUUGUUGUAAAUAAGGGCCUUGUUUUUGUAUUGUGACAUAGUCCGAGAUUUUAACCUGUGGAAUCACGUGGGAAAAGAAGGAAAAAAAAUGGAGAAAAUCAUUGGAUUUUUUGGGGGGAAGGAAGAUGUAAAGUGGGGAGGGAUUAAAAAAAAUAAAGGGAGGGUUUUUCCACUUGUAAAGAAACCUUGAUAACAGCAGCUGCACACAGUUUGAAUAGCUGUAAAACACCAGGGAGUGCUCGAUUAUUCCAUGUUUGAGUGAGAAUAAUCAAGCAUUUUCCAGUUAUUUGAAAUGUGUUUGGGUAUUAUGUUGUCUUGGUUUGUUGUAUAGCGUCUUGCAUGUUCCUCCAUAUACAACUAUGUUAUCUUAGUGUAGUCAGUAGAGUAGAAACCAGCAAAAUAUAAAAAAUCUGCAUCAGCA